CAGAUGAUCAUCACCCUGCUAGUCAUCGUCCAUGAUGCAAGUAGACUAUUUGUGUCUUGAAUCAUGGUCAUUGUCGUAUUUGUCAUUCUCUUAAUUGCUCUUAAUCAGUGAAAAGGUUAUGCUAUCGUUAUCAAAAGUUUUUAGCAGAAGAAACGAAAAAACAGUUGGUGACGCAAGCACGCGCGAGUACACAGAAACGCAUCAAGAAUGUUCUCGAGUGGACCAAAUUAUACUAAAUUGAAGACGCAUUUACGUCUAGCGAUCAAUCGUUUGAAAUUGCUAGAAAAGAAGAAAACAGAAUUGGCGCAGAAGGCACGUCGCGAGAUCGCCGAUUUUAUUGCCGCUGGUAAAACAGAACGUGCUAAAAUUAGGGUGGAACACAUCAUUCGUGAGGAUUACAUGGUAGAAGCGAUGGAGUUAUUGGAGAUGUACUGUGAUCUAUUGCUAGCACGUUUUGGUCUUAUCCAGCAAAUGAAAAAUCUUGACGACGGGUUGGCAGAAGCUAUAUCAACCAUUCUUUGGGCAGCACCUCGUAUUCAGACGGAUGUUCAGGAAAUCAAAGUGAUAGCAGAUAUCUUGACAUCUAAAUAUGGUAAACAAUAUACAGAAGCAUGUCGAGAAGAGGCAAUUCAGACCAUAUCAGAGAAGCUAAAACAUAAAAUGAGUGUGCAAUCGCCAUCAAAAUUGCUUGUGGAAAAAUAUUUAAUAGAAAUCGCCAAGAAUUACAAUGUGGAAUAUGAACCAGAUCCACAAAUAAUGGCAGAAGCUCAGGAUGCGAUGUUAAUAGACAUAGGAGCCAAUGGAGAAGAAUCGAGAAACAAUUUGGAUACAGCCAGUGGAGGAGGAAUACCUCAUCCUCCUGGCUUUAUAGGUUUUCCACAGGCACCUCUAUUACCUGAUUCUGGAUUUCAUUCAAACAUGGAUUCAGAGAAAGAUACUUCUACAUUAGGAUUUAUAUCUCCAAAAUCACCAUCUUCUGUUGAGAAGGAUCAAAAUACUCCUUUCAAUCCCACUGCAUUUUCGUACAAUAUACCUCUAGACAAUGCCAAUUCUAACAAACCCGAAGAAGAUUUACCACCGCCGUACCGGCCUGACUUCCCACCUGAUUUAAAUAAACAGUCAGAUGAGAAACCCAAGCCCCAGCCAAGAUCAAAGAUGCCGAUGAACAACUAUCAACUUCCGGAUCUGCCAGCAGUGCCGACAGAGAACAAUGAUUCGCCCGUGAAUCCAUCUGUGAAUGAUGAUAUUGAUUUUGACGAUUUGAUGAAACGAUUUGAAGAUCUGAAGAAGAGGAAGUAAUGGUCGACAGAUAUCAAAGCAAUAUAUCUAAAACAUGUUUUUGUUUUCACUUUAUUAUUGUUUAGCAAUCGCGCGAGACUGCUGUAUGUAGUAAUGGCUUCUGCAAAAGGAAAAGGUUUAGCAAAUUUAAGACAGUUUGCUAUAUGCUUUUGCAAAGAGAAAAAUAAAAAUGUAUAGUUAUACUUUGUCCGCGAAUUAAGUAUGUAUAAAUUGUUAUAAUAUUAACUAAGUACAAUAUGUAUUAAUUUAAUAUAUAUAUUUUUACGAUUAUUAUAUGUCCUUUAUAAUGUUUUAUAAUAAGUAUAUAAGUUAAUAUCAAGUCAUAUUUUAGAGAA